GUUCAAAUCGCGGUGAGCCUGACUGACUGCCUGCCAAUGUUGUUCCGUGUGGCCGUCACAUGCGCUAAUAUUUAAAUUAGAACAAUACAAUAAAAUGUCCAUUUAAUUGAACAUUAAUAACAUUGUUUGAAAAGUGUCGUGCGCGUGUUUCUGUUAAUAUGAUCCGAGCCAAGAAGACCUAAAGGUCUUGCCCCCUUUAGGGGUGACGUGCCGCGUCUGGGGGGUUAUGGGCUGCUCCCCGAGUGCUUUGUUGGAGCACAUCCACAGGGACCCUUCCCAUUCUAACCAGGAGAAAGUCCACGUCUCCAAGAAUUCGACUGCACUAACACCGACGACCACUCAAGCUCUUGGAGUGAAAGAGCCGAAACGAGGGAAGAAGUCAAGCAUGCAAUUUUUUCCAUUCAAGGAUACUACAAGAAGUCUUCUGCAUAGAAAAAGCUCGUUGGCUUUGACUCCAGAGGAGGAACCAUUAGAACUGAAUAAAGGGAUACACGAAACAAAAUUAGGACAAAUCGUACCUCCCAGUAGAAGUCUGAAAAUUUUAAUAGUUUUUCCAACGGUGGAUCAAACAGGGGAAACAAUAUCAAAAGCUGCAGAAAAAUUGUGUUUCGAAAUAACAUCUUCCAAUUCCGAUUUGACAGCUCUAGAAGAAUAUCAACAAAAAUUGCACGAUUUAGUCGUCAUCGACACUAGGGUAUCCAAGGCACUGAAUUACGAUACACUAUGUCGAUCAAUAAGAAAUACCAAAGGCAAUCAUCACACAGUCAUAGUAGCUAUAGUCAAAAAAAGUGCAUUCGAGAAAGAUGACAAUACGAUAGUGUCUCUGCUGGACUCCGGAUUUAACAGGUGUAUGGUGGAGACGACAAACAUCAUAACAUGCGUUAACGAGAUGAUCCUGCUGAAGCACAGCGACGUCCGACCGUUGGCCAAUCAAGCGACCACCCAAGGGCUGUAUUCGGCCCUUGAUAAAUGUAAAGACGUCGUCAUUGUCACGGAUGACACUUACAAAUUGCAGUACAUAAACAGAGCUUGCGAAAAACAACUGGGCAUCAGACAAGACGAAGCGCUUGGCAAAACUCUCCAAGAUCAAAUCCUUUUCGAUCCCAUCCAGGCCAGCACCAUUGGUUCGUCGUUGCUCAGAGCAAAGGAAUGGUACGGGACGGUGACACUUAAGAAGAAACCUUUAGACUCAGUCGUGGCUGCAUGCAAGGCUGUACCGUUUGCUUGCGCUGGAAGGAUACCGACGCAUUUCAUAAUGGUAUUUGAUUUGAAUCCUUCCGAUAAUUUGAAUAUGUUAGCUCAAUCUAGGGGUAGUAUACAUUCUAUUAGAAGAGGCUCGACGGACGUGAGAAGUAUAAGUAGCGACUUUUUACGUAGGACGUCACUUGCCAAAUUGAACGCGUUACCUAUCGAGGCUCCCAUCACAAAAGUGGUGGGUUUGAUCGAUCAAGCCAGAGAAAAUGCCAACCAAAAUCCGUCGGUAGUACAAUUGUUAGAUAAAGUAGAAGAUAUUUUGAAAAGUUGUGAACUGUAUUCGACGCACGUCAAAGAGGAUUUAAGAAUCAGAUCAGACGAACCAGUCGUUUCUGAUUUAAUAACUGCUUUAUUAUCGAAACAACCCGCGCCUACUCUAAGCGGGUCGUCUAGAAGAAGCAGUAACGAUUCUUCUGUGUUUCGACAGUCCAGAAGCGGUAUACUCAAGGUACCUGUAGCUAUCAGAGAUUUAUUGGAGAACUGCCUGGCCUGGGAGUUCGACAUAUUUAGACUGGAAGAGAUAACCAAGCACAGGCCGCUGCAAUACUUGGGGAUGACAUUGUUCAAUCAUUUCGAAGUGGCCAGCGUUCUAAACUGCGACGAAAAGACUUUGUUCAACUGGUUGACGGUUAUCGAAGCGAAUUACCACACUGAAAACACUUAUCACAAUAGUACGCACGCUGCCGACGUUAUGCAAGCAACGGCCGGGUUUUUGGAAAAGGAGCGGAUGAAAUCUAUCAUGGAACAACUGGACGAAGCGACAACGUUGAUAGCGGCCGCAGCUCACGAUUUGGACCAUCCGGGAAAAUCUAGCGCUUUUCUUGCCAACUCUGACAGUCAUUUGGCCAUACUGUAUAAUGACGUGACCGUUUUAGAGUCACAUCAUGCCGCUCUGACGUUUAAACUCACAUUAGGUGACGAAAGGAUAAAUAUUUUCAAAAACUUAGAUAGAGAAACGUACAAAAUGGCCAGAUCGAAUGUCGUGGAUAUGAUUUUGGCUACGGAAAUGACGAAACAUUUCGAACAUCUAGCCAAGUUUGUGAACGUGUUCUGUACCAAAUCGUCCAGUUCCGAUUUAGACAGCGACGUGAAUGAAUACCCCCCGCUAUUAUCAGUACCGGAAAACGUAACUCUAGUCAAGAGGAUGAUGAUUAAGUGCGCCGACGUUUCGAAUCCUACCAGACCUCUCAGAUUGUGCGUGGAAUGGGCUAGACGAAUAACUGAGGAAUAUUUCCAUCAAACUGACGAAGAGAAGAACAAAGGUUUGCCGGUGGUGAUGCCGAUGUUCGACAGGAGUUCGUGUUCUAUACCCAAAUCGCAAAUCGGAUUCGUCGAUUACAUUAUCAACGAUAUGUUUGAAGCUUGGAACGCAUUUAUCGACAUGCCUGAAUUGUUGACGUACAUGAGACAGAACUACAUUAGAUGGAAAGAAUUGGACGAACAGGGUCACACAACGUUGGCGGAAAUACAGAGGUUGCAGGCGACGCCUAUGAUGACGCCGAUGUUUCCCCCAAGACCUCCCAAGUCCGAUUGAUCCAAGCUUACGCGUCACAGUGUUGAUAACGGUGACUUAAGACAUUAUUUUUUACUCAAAAGAUUGUGAAUGUAAUUCCAAAACAGUGCAUAUCGUGUAUGUUUAUUGGACAACUUAAAUGUACCUUUCCAAGAAAUCUAUAUAUACUAUAAAUAUAUGUAUAAAAUAAAUACAUAAAUGUAUAUUUUACACACACAACUUUCUUGCAUGCUGGUCGUGCAUACUCUUUUAAUUUUGUUUUACUUUUUUUUUGUUUUUUUUUGUUUUUUUAAAUUAUUGUUUUAUUAUAUAAUUUUAAUGAGAAUUUGUGUUCUUACUGUUUUAUAUUUAAAAAAAAAAGAUGUUUAUGGAUGUGAGAUAUAUGUCCUUGAAUAUAUAAAUAAAAAG